AUGACCCUGGGCAGCUGCUGCUGCGAGAUCAUGUCCUCCGAGAGCUCCCCGGCCGCGCUGUCCGAGGCCGACGCAGACAUAGACGUGGUGGGCGGCGGCGGCGGCAGCAGCGGGGGGGAGCUCCCUGCCCGCUCGGGGCCCCGCGCCCCCCGGGAUGUGCUCCCCCACGGCCACCAGCCUCCGCUAGGGGACGCGGAGGCCGACGUAGCGGAGGACGAGGAGGAGUCCGGUGGCUGUUCGGACGGCGAGCCCCGCGUGCUGGCGCCCCGGGGGGCGGCGGCCGCCGCGGGAAGCCCAGGGCUAGGCGCGGCGGCGGCGGCGGCGGCGGCCCGGGGCGCGGCGGGGCCGGGGCCGGGGCCGGGACCGCCGUCGGGGGGCGCGGCGACGCGGAGCCCGCUGGUGAAGCCGCCGUACUCGUACAUCGCGCUCAUCACCAUGGCCAUCCUGCAGAGCCCCAAGAAGCGCCUGACGCUGAGCGAGAUCUGCGAGUUCAUCAGCGGCCGCUUCCCCUACUACCGGGAGAAGUUCCCCGCCUGGCAGAACAGCAUCCGCCACAACCUCUCGCUCAACGACUGCUUCGUCAAGAUCCCCCGCGAGCCGGGCAACCCGGGCAAGGGCAACUACUGGACGCUCGACCCGGAGUCCGCCGACAUGUUCGACAACGGCAGCUUCCUCCGGCGCCGUAAGCGCUUCAAGCGGCAGCCGCUGCCGCCUCCGCACCCGCACCCGCACCCGGAGCUGCUGUUGCGUGGCGGGGCUGCAGCCGCGGGAGACCCCGGCGCCUUCCUGCCGGGCUUUGCCGCUUACGGCGCCUACGGUUACGGCUACGGUCUGGCGCUGCCGGCCUACGGGGCACCCCCACCGGGGCCGGCCCCGCAUCCGCACCCACACCCGCACGCCUUCGCUUUCGCCGCCGCCGCUCCUUGCCAGCUGUCGGUUCCCCCAGGCCGCGCGGCCGCACCUCCACCCGGACCUCCGACGGCCUCGGUGUUCGCCGGCACGGCGUCGGCUCCGGGCCCGGCUCCUGCUCCGGGAUCCGGCCCGGGCCCCGCAGGCCUGCCCGCUUUCCUAGGCGCAGAGCUAGGCUGCGCCAAAGCUUUCUACCCCGCAUCCCUGAGUCCUCCAGCAGCUGGGACAGCGGCCAGUCUGUCCACCGCACUCCUGCGCCAGGGUCUCAAGACGGACGCGGGCGGCGGUGCGGGCGGCGGGGGCGCAGGGCCAGGGCAGAGGCCUUCCUUUUCCAUAGACCACAUCAUGGGCCACGGUGGUGGCGGGGCCGCACCCCCGGGCGGCAGCGAGGGUUCCCCGGGGUCGCCGUUUGCUGCUGCCGCGGGUUCUGGAAGUCAAGCCCAGGUCUUGGCCAUGCUGACUGCCCCCGCCCUGGCUCCGGUGGCCGGCCACAUCCGUCUCUCGCAUCCCGGGGACGCACUCCUGUCCUCGGGGCCCCCGUUUGCCAGCAAAGUCGCCGGCCUCAGUGGCUGCCACUUCUGACCGCACAGGGGCUCAGGGCCGGUUAGGCCCGCACUGGUCCGCCUCUGCCGGAGCUCCUGAGGCCCCAGCGGAACUCAGGGAGUCUUAUUUAUGACGAGU